CAUUCCUGCAGCCAAACAGCACCUAGUCCUGAACCUUAACCUCUACUCAAUGUCUUACCCUGAUAUUGUUUGAGGAAGAGGACCAUGUAGAAUGAGAGCCAAGCUUCCUUUAUAUAGGUGGUGGUGCUACAUAUACAUUUUGUAGCUGAGAUCCUUGCAGUCAAGGCUGUGCAGAAGAAGAGUCUUUAACAGUAAAGAAGGUCAGUGGCCUCAAGCGUGAAGACUCUGAAGGAUUCUUCCCGGAGAACCCUGGAGAUCAGGAAGUCUUUAAGUUGAAUGUGACGGUGGGGUAGGGUGGUCUCCAAUUUGAGUUCUGUGGCCUGACAGUGCAAGUCUUCAGGACAUUUCGCACAAGCGGAAAAACCCGAUUUUACAUACUCCAAUAAGCUAGAGAAAAAAACAUAAAAAAUAUGGUCACAUGCAAUACUCGAGAAGGAAUGGACUCUGAAUAUGACCGGAAAAGUGAGUUAAUUGCUUUUGAUGAUUCAAAAGCUGGUGUGAAGGGGCUUGUAGAUGCUGGGGUGGCAAAGAUCCCACGUAUGUUCAUCCAUCCACAACAUAAUCUCCGUGAGAAGUCAGUUUCCACUAAUGCCCAGCUUCGGAUUCCAAUCAUAGACCUAGAAGGUGUCAACAGUGAUGCAAUUCUACGUGCUAAAAUCAUUGACAAAGUUCGAAAUGCUUGUGAGAUUUGGGGCAUUUUUCAGAUUGUCAAUCAUGGAAUUCUGAAAUGUGUUUUGGAGGAGAUGAUCAAAGGAAUACGUAGAUUUAAUGAGCAAGACACUGAAGUGAAGAAAGAGUUUUAUACUCGUGAUUUCUCCAAAAAGGUGACAUUUGUAUCCAAUUUUGAUCUAUUUCAGGCACCAGCAGCUACUUGGAAGGAUUCCUUUUCUUGUAUUAUUGCUCCUAAUCCACCAGACCCAACAGAUAUGCCUGCGGUAUGCAGAGAUAUAAUCAUGGAAUACUCGAAGCAAGUAAAGAUGUUGGCUAAUACUCUGUUUGAAUUAGUUGCAGAGGCUCUUGGCCUCAAUUCUAACCAUUUGAAAGACAUGGAAUGUGCUGAGGGCCUUUUCCUUGUGUCUCAUUACUACCCAGCUUGCCCAGAACCAGAAUUGACUAUGGGCACCAAAACUCAUACUGAUCCAACAUUCCUCACGGUACUUUUACAAGACCAAGUGGGUGGUCUCCAAGUUCUCCAUGAGAAACAAUGGGUCAAUGUGAACCCGGUGCCUGGAGCACUAGUGAUAAACACUGGAGAUCUUCUGCAGCUUGUAUCCAACGACAUGUUUAGGAGUGCAAAACACAGGGUAUUGGCAAAUCAUAAAGGCCCAAGAGUAUCAGUGGCCAGCUUUUUUUCUCCAUUUAGUCUGCCAUCCUCAAAACUCUACGGACCAAUCAAGGAGUUGUUAUCAGAAGAUAAUCCUCCAAAGUACAAGGAAACCACAGCAAGAGACUAUGGUACCUGCCACAGAGCAGAAAGGCUUGAUGGGACUUCUGCUCUCCAGCAUUUCAUGCUUUAGUUUGGCAAUGGAGAUGAUGAAGGGUUAGGAAUAAUUGAAUCUCCAGGAAGUGGAAGGGUUUAUCCUAUUUGUGAUUGAGUUGGCUAUUGUCUCAACUUUUAAUAGUAGUUUCCUUAGUAAGGUAGGUAUAAAUUGGGAGUUGCUAUCAUAUUUGUGGGCAUGCUGAAACUCGAAACAUUGAUCUGCUUAUGUAAUUGAUUUGAAUGUGAAGUAGAAGCCUUGUUAUGGUCUAUCCACAUCAGGAAAGGUUAUGCAAACAAGCAUGUAUUGAAAUACCACAUAUGUGCAAGGCACAUUUGAGCUUUCAAAACUUUCUGAUGCCAUGUAAUCUAAGUUUCUAGUGGGCUUUUCUUCUUUGUUUCUUCA